AUGACCUACCUUCAACAACUUAUUGACAAAAACAGAGAGGAGUACAACAGAGCAACAAGACAUCCACUCACAAACGAGUUAUGUCUGGGUACCCUCUCUGAUAGUAAGUUGUAUGUUUACCUCACUCAAGACUUAAACUUUUUCAACUACAGCCUCAACCUUCUUGGAAAAGUUUUGGCCUUGUGUGAUGAUCCUACUGCCUCGGUGAGAUUAGCUAAACAAAUAGGUUUCUUAGCUGAAGAUGAAAAUGAUUAUUUUGCUGAUACAUUGAAAGAAUUGGAGACUCGUGAUUUAUCAUCUGUUGCUAAAAUGAGAAAGGAGUCGAUUGUUUUGCCAGAGGUGACUCAGUACAUCGAGUAUUUGAAGUAUUUGAUUAACGAAUCAAGUUCAUAUUCAGAGUUAAUCACAUUUUGCUUUGUUAUGGAGAAGGUGUACUUGGGUUGGGUAGAAUACAACCAAGACAUUAAUAACAUUGCAAAAAGUUUGCCUGAAAAGUUUCAAACCUGGAUUGACUUGCAUAGUGGUGAUCAUUUCGUCGAAUGGGUCCAGUUUUUGAACAACGAGGUGGAGCGUUGCCUUAAAUUGAAUGCAGCUAAGGACAGUUCCACUGAGAUUUAUGAGUCUACCUUUGUAAAGUCUUUGAAAUUGGAAAGCAACUUCUUUGAAGCGUGCUAUUUGUAUAAGGAGUAG